AUGGGGCCGCGUCGAACCCCGACCGCAUCCACCGGCGACGACGGGGAAGGGUUGCGAUGGCCAAGCUUACCAUCAACCGACGAGUAUCGAGCAUCGAGCGUCGAGACUGGCUCUGCACAUGCCUGCGUGUGGGGUAAGCUUUGCAAAGAACAGGGGAGCGGCUGGGAGCCGGGGCCGAUCUCGAGGAGGUGCGGGGUAGUCCGCAUGACCGCCGCGCUCAUCUCAGCCACCUCGACGACCGACCGGCGAGGAGCAAGCGGGGACACAUGGGUCGUCGGUGCCAAAUUUCGCCGUCAAAUUCCACUCAUCUGUGCCACCGACCCCACUGCUGAUCUGCAGCCGACGCGUCUGGGACCCCACCCUGACUCUGCCAACAAUGGCGUUCCCGCGUUGGCAUCUCUGCAGCGCCACCGCCGCAUGGCCACGGCCAAAGCUUUGUGGGGUCCCGCGCUCCCCGACCUGUCGGCCUCGUGUCUUUGUCCUCCGUUGCGAUGCACUAUCGAUUCGUACCAGGCGACGGAUCGCCCGUCAGGUGCAGUUCCGCAUCCGAGAGCCAUGGGUCGCUUCAACAAGAACAACGGCCCCGCCGCCGACCGCGCCGUCACGGCCGACACGCUCACCAAGAGCCAGCUCUACUUCAGCUUCGCGCUCGUCUCGUCGCUCUUCUUCGUGUGGGGUCUGUCGUACGGUCUGCUCGACUCGCUCAACAAGACCUUCCAGGACUCUCUCCACCUCACCAAGGCGCAAUCCACCGGUCUCCAGGCAUGCUACUUCGGCGCCUACCUCAUCAACGGUCCCAUCUCCGGUCCUCUCGCGAGGAAGUACGGCUACCCCUUCUCCAUCCACGGUGGUCUCGGUCUCUUCUCCCUCGGUGCCAUCAUGUUCUGGCCUUGCGCUGUCUACUACUCCUACCCCGGUUUCCUCGUCUGCACUUUCGUUACUGCCUCCGGUCUCGCAUGGCUCGAGAUGGCCGCCAACUCCUACAUCACCGUUCUCGGUGGCCCUGACAUGGCCGCCUUCCGUCUGGUGUUUGCUCAGUCGUGGAACGGGGUCGCCUCCGUCCUUGGCCCCAUCAUCGCCGGUCGCACUUUCCUCAAGACCGGUCAUUCACACACGCUCAACCAUCUCCAGUGGGUCUACCUCGGCAUCUCGCUCUUCGGUUGCGUCAUCAACUUCCUCUUCUUCAUCGCCAAGCUGCCCGAGGUCAAGCAGGAGGUGGAUGCCGCCAUUGAGGCCAAGCCCGUUUCGAUCUGGACUCAGAAGCACCUCAUCUACGGUGCGAUUGCCGAGUGGUUCUACGUCGCCGUGCAGGUCUCGAUCGCUUCGCUCACCAUCAACUACUACGUCGAGCAGCCCGGUCUCAACAUCACCGUCUCGAAGGCCGCUGACCUCUUCUCGGUCACGCUUGCCGUCUUCACCAUCGGACGAUUCAUCGGCGUCCCCAUCCUCGCCAAGGUCGACUCGGCUCUCAUGCUUUGCAUUUGCGGUAUCGGCUGCAUGAUCAUGACCAUUCUCACGGCCGUCGUGCCCGGCAACGGCGGUAUCGCUUGCUUGAUGCUCAUCUUCUUCUUCGAGUCGGUGUGCUACCCGAUCAUCUUCACCCUCGCCACCUCCAACCUCGGUGCCAACCAGAAGCUCGGCAGUGCGCUCGUCGCCGCCGGUGUUUCGGGUGGUGCUUGGGGUCCCUCGGUGCAGGCUGUUGUCGCCGACGCCACCUCCACCCACCGAUCCUUCUUCGUGCCCAUCGGUGGCUUCGUCGUCGUCUCGGCCUACGGUCUCUACAUGCACCUCCGCGGCUGCAAGCAGCAGGGCUACUGGAGCUGGCGCAAGCUCGACAAGCAGACCGCGAUGGCCGUCACCGCCGCCCGUCGUUCCGACUCGGAUGUCGAGCAGGAUGGCUCCGAGAAGGACGUCAAGGUGUCCACCCCCACCUACGCCUCCGUGCCUUACCAGCACUAA